AGCUCAGUGAGUUUCGUUUCGGAUGUAAAACAGUCUGCAGCCUGUCGUCGCCGUCUGCUCCACAUUCAAAAGUUCCUCACUGGAAAGACAGGUGUUGGAAUGAAUAGGUCCAGGUCCAGCUGGGAUAAAAAAGCCCCUCAACCUCCAGUCACUCGGCUAACCCGCAGCUUCAGCUCCCAGACCAGGCACAGCGACCCUGCAGAGCCCCAAGAUUCUGGGCCCAGCCCAUAUGGAAAGCAGCGCAAGAAGCAGACAGACUCGGCUCUGGCCCAGGACCUCAGCCAGAUGAGUGUGAGUGGACAGGACGGUGUUCCUACAAGCAAAGUAAAGAAAGGCCCUCAGCCUUCUGGGACCAGAUCCCGGGGUGGUCUUGCCUCUGUGUCACGGCUGAUCAAGCUUGGCCGCUGUAAGAACGUGGUGGUGGUGGCCGGAGCAGGGAUCAGCACUGCCAGCGGCAUACCAGACUUCAGAACUCCAGGAACAGGUCUUUACGCCAACUUGGAGAAGUACAACAUCCCUUACCCAGAAGCCAUUUUUAACAUCGACUACUUCUCCAACGACCCGCAGCCUUUCUUCUCUCUGGCCAAGGUGCUGUAUCCUGGCAGCCACAGGCCCAACUACAUACACUACUUCAUCCGCAUGCUUCAUUACAAAGGCCUGCUCCUCCGAAUGUACACGCAAAACAUUGACGGACUGGAGAAAGUUUGUGGCAUCCCAGAUGCCAAACUUGUGGAAGCUCACGGUAGUUUUGCCACAGCUUCAUGUCACCUGUGCUACACUACGUACCCUGCUGAGGAGGCUAAGCAAGCCAUAAUGAAUGACAACGUCCCAAUAUGCACAUUCUGCGCCGCAACAGUCAAACCCGACGUUGUGUUUUUUGGAGAGGACCUUCCCCAGAAGUACUUCCUCCACUCACAAGACUUCCCCAAAGCAGACCUGCUAAUCAUUAUGGGCACGUCUUUACAGAUUGAACCAUUUGCCAGCCUGGUGAAUACGGUGCGCUCCACUGUGCCACGUCUCCUCCUGAACCGAUGUGCUGUGGGUCCGUUUGAGAAGGUCCCACUGCGGAGAGGAGACCACAUGGAACUGGGUGACCUGAAGGUUACAGUUCGGAGAUUUGCUGAAAUGCUCGGUUGGAGCGACGAAAUCGAAGAGCUAAUGAGGAGUCAGGAAACAGUGAGCAUCCCUACAUCAGUAAGCAGCUCUCCAUCAGUGAGUGGACAGACGCCUGGCCAGAACACAUCAAACAGCCUGAUGAGCAGAGGAGCAUCACAGCCUCUAGGCAGGAUGGAGACAUCCAGGUCCAGACCAGGAGCUCAAAGAGCAGCCAGCAGCGGCAGCGAGGAGACGGACUCUGAGACAGACAACAAGAGCACUGCAUCAUCCAGCCCAAGCAACUGACCCUGCAUGUUUUAUAAGAUAAGACACUGGAAAGGUUUGAGACGGUUUCCUCUCUCCCUUGUUCUCCUGUAUUCUGUACACAAUGUUUUAUCUAAUGGAGGUCAGUGUGUGCAUUUAUUCAUUGGCACAGUGUGAAAUGUUCAU